AUGUCUAGUGCCAAAGAAGACGUUAUGGAAUCAUUAUUAAAAGAAAUCGAUUUCGAAAUGGAAUACACAAUUGGUUCUCUGAAAAGUUCCAAGCAAAUUGAUUCAGCUUCAGAUACAAAACGGUUCUCGAUCCCCUUACAAGAUAUCGGAGACGAAACAAUGGAAAUGUUAGUCAGUCAUAAUACAAAGAGAAAUAUUGUCAUUAAUAACAACACAUCUGUGUUACAAUCUCCAAUUCGUUCUCAUUCUCGUGUCACAUCUAUCUCAAGCACUACUUCUCCAAUAAUGGUUCUUUCAGAGAUACCUAUUCUAUCGCCAACGAAGGAGAAACAUCGUAUUCCAGUAGAAGACCCUUCUGUGUUUAGUGCAGCUACUGUCUCAGCUAGUUCUGCGUACGAAGAAUAUUCAAGUGAUAUGACGUCUCCUAAUGAAGAUGAGUUAACAAAACAUAAUUACAAUAGUACAAAGGAGUAUUAUUCCUCUGCUAAACUUGAUACCAAUAAUAUUAAUAUGACUCACAAUUCGAAUAGUUUUAUCAUUGAAAACCCAUAUUCGAAAAAACAUUUGCAUCAAAAUUCCAUUACCGUGGUACCAUACGGAAGUGAGAAACAGCCUUCUACAAAUAAUAUGUUUCCAUCACCUGCUGCGUCUGCUCAUACUACCCCUUCACAUACUGUAUCUCCACCAACUGCAUCUCCUCCUUAUAAAUUAGAUAAUACAACUAUUGAAGAUUUUGUCUCUGCCACAGAUCAUCAAUCUACAAUCGAUUCUGUCCCUGAUAUUAGUAUAUCUAGUGUUAAUAAAAAUGAUACCACAGAAUUAAUAUGUGAUGAUACUGAAAAGCAACUGAACUAUACUUUAGAAAAGCGCAUUACUAAAGAUUCAAAUACAUUACAAUCCAUCUCUCACAUAUUACAUUCUACGUCCAUCGAUAAGACGUCAACUACAAUCAAUUCAUACAACGACGAUAAUAAUAAUGAUGAUGAUCAUAAUAAUAAUAAUAAUAAUAAUAAUAUGCCUAAUAAAGCCUUCCAAUCUGAUAAAAGUUUCGAAACUGCAGAACUAGCUUCUCAUCAAAAUAUAGAAAUUCGAAAUAAUACUAUUUCUUCAAAUGCGGAAUCUGAAGAUUUGUCUGCAGAAUUGGCUGAUAAUUCUGGUAAUUCCGUCGAUGAUGAUGAUGAAGAUGGUUCAAAUGAUUUACAUCUUAUACAAACACAAAGUGACAAUGAAUCUAAACAUGACUUCGACAAAAUCAUUGAUGAUUCUAUUGGCCAAAUAGAUGAUCAUUUUAAAAUUCCCUUAACAAAUAAUGGAGGGAACUUAGCCAGGGAUGCCAGUUUAUUAUCUUCGGUGGACGAUCUAGAACAAAGCACAAAUGACAUCAUUCUUGGCAGGGGCACUAAGAUCUCUUCAAUCCAUAAAUCCUCUUCAAACUCAACUUCACAUUCUUUAGCAAAUUCGUUAGCUAACAUAAAUGCUGCUAGUACCACUGUUUCGAUACAAAAUAUAGAUACAGAUAUUGAAAAUGAUCAUGACAAUUCGAUUAUACCAGAUUCCUUAGAACUUCAUCAAACAUCAGAACAACAUGAAGAUUCACCAGUUUCUCAAGAUGUUGCAAUGAUGAACGAUUCACAAAUAUUUAGACAUGAUGAUAGGGAGUCUUCAACAAAUAUAAUAGAACUAAGCGCACAACAAGAUUCUAGAAGUAUUAAUAUUCAAUACGUCCAUGAUAAUCCAAAAUAUAACGACGUUCGUAGUAUAAAUAAUGAUUAUUCUCCUUCUCCAAGUCCACAAUACUCUCCAUCUCCAUCUCCAAGAUUUUCAACUUCUGCAACAUUACAAUAUUCCAAUGUUAAUAACGAUAUAAUUUCAUCUCCUAUGACGAAAGCUAGUACAACGAUUGUACCUAUUAUCAAUAACAAAAGUUCUUCUAUAGACAUGAACUCAUCUUUAACAACAAAUUCAAUUGAUAAUUUCCAAAAUUUUGAAAUUGCUUCACAAGAUUCAACAAAUAUUGCAAAUAACAAUAAUAUGGCGGAGCAGGUCUCCCAAAAUGAGGAUAUUAUCUCAAAAGAAUCGAAUUUAUCUGGCAAUAGCUUAAAUCUAAUAAAUUCCACAGAAACUUUCGAUAAUAUACAAGAUACAGAAACUGAAGAGAGUGAUCAAAGUUCAGAAACGGAAUCAAAUGAUAUUGAAUCCAAAACAAACACCCUGGAACAUUCGUUACAACCUAUGCCGUCUGUUAUAGCCCAAUCUCUUACCGAACAAUCAGAAGAUCAAAUUGAAGAACAAUAUUUUGAUACAAGUUCUCAAAUUGGUGAUUUAGUUGAUGAUAAAAUAGAACUUCCUAAAAAAUCUGCUUCUAUAAUCCCUACCUUACCUCCAUUACCAAAAUUUGAUUCUUUAUUCGUAGAUGAUCCAUUUGGUGAUUCAAUUGAUUACUCAAGAGAUUCUAUAGAUAUUACAAAGGCAAAUAAACCUUCGAAUUAUUUGUCUAUUUGGCAUAUGCAAGAUGAUAUAUCUAAAGCUGCAAAUUUUACAACCACCUCCCCGGCAGUAUCAGAUAAUUCGCAAUUUUCUCAUCGUUCCAUUUCAACAUGCUCUACAAAAUCAUCAGCCUCUUGUGUUACCAACACAUCUGGUAACUUCCGUUUUAGACCUCGUGUUGUAAGCAGAAGUCGUAUAUAUAACCCAAGUUAUCAACCUGAAAUCAGUUACGGUUUCGAUUUAGAUGAUAUGAAUGAUAAUAAUUCUAGUAAUACUGAUUUUGAAAGAAGACAGAUACAAAAAGAUUACAAAAGAAAAAUUACGCCAAUAAGAGUUAAAACUUUGCAAUCAAAAAGAAUUUCUAGCACUAGUAGUAAUAGAGAUAAUAAUGCGAUGGAGUUCCCAAGUAUUUGGAAAAUAGCUGAUGAAGAAAAUAUUGAAAAAAAGACAAAUAUUUCCAACUCCACAAUAAUGAACUAUUCAAUCAUUAAAUUAAAUGAUUUAAAAGAGCAAGAAGAGGCUGAUAAUGUACAAGAUGAUUUGCAUGCAGAAAUUAAUGAUGAUGCAAAUGACACUAUACAAAAAAAUUCUUCUUAUUUGGUAGAAAAUUUACAUUCCGAGAUUGUAACUGAUGAAGAUAUUAAUGUUGUAGGAGAACAAAGUGUUCAAAGUAAAUCGAAAUAUAUUCCAGAAACAAUUGGUGAUUCAGAAUUAUUACCCACACUUCCAUUGGUAGAUGAUACUGCCGAAUUUGAUGCAUUAUUAGGCCAGUUAGAUGAUUCAUCAAAUUCCGAUAAAUCUUUUAGUUCUAUCACCACUAAGAAUAGACAAUCUUCAUACAACAUUUGGAACGAAAAAUCGAUUCAAAAUACUUCCAUUGAAAAAUUACCUCAUGUUUCUAAUGAUGUAUUAAAUGAUUUGUUAGAUUUUAAUGGUAGCACAACUGAUGAUUCUAUUAAUAUUGAGAAAUCACUUAAUAGAGCAAAUGGUCAUGGAUCUUUGAAAACUCCUAUUAAAGAUGUUUCCAUUGGCCAAGGAUUAAAUAUUAAUGGUUUUAAUGCUGUUGAAGCAGAUGAAGUUUCUGAUGAAGAUAUUUCUAUUGUGCAAGAAGUAUUCACUCAUGAUACUAUUCCAGUUAUUCAAGUUUUAGAUGAAACUCCAAAGGAAAAAACAAUUCACUGCUCAAAUCCAUUUAAAGUUACUAAUAAUCCAAUAAGUCCAAAACCUGAAGAAAAUAGUAGUGAUGGAUGCAUCUCUAAAACUUCUGGGCUUUCAUUAAAUGAGGAUUAUUAUGCAAAAUCUAGCCAGGUUGAUAUAUUACCAAAUGAAUACGUAUCUAAAGCAUUAGUCACUUCACACUCUACAGAAUUCAACGAUUUAACAGUAACUACAAUUAAUAAACUACCAACACCGGAGCAGAUCAACCCAUUGUCAGAUAAAGGUAACCUUUAUUUGACAAUUUCAAAUAUUAAGAAUUUCACCUUAGUUGGUGCCCAAGGUAGAACAGCUUCAUAUGCUAUUGAAUUCGAUAAUGGACAAAAUGUCAUUCAAACUGAAUGGGAGCCUAUUCCACAGAAUGGUAUUAUUGAAAUUAAUAAAGAAUUUGAAUUGGUAUUGGAGCCAGGCGUUAAGAGGUUUAUUAUUACAUUAAAAUGUCGUUAUAAUAAGCAAACACAUGAGAUGGUUGAAAUAUUAGACAAAAUUCCUAUAAGUAAAAAAUACCCGUUUAGUAAGCAGCAAUACAAAUUUGAAAGAAGAUAUACAAAGAGACAAACCGACCAUGAUGAAUGGGAAUAUUUAUUUGCUCAAGAUGGCUCCUUUGCACGUUGUGAGAUUGAAUUGACUAAUGAAUUUUUAAAUCUAGUCAAGUUCAAUAAUUCCGAGUUUAAUAUGGAAAUGAAUAAUAACUGGGCUCGUAUACCACCAAAAUCACGUACAUCUCCACCACAAGAUAAAGUAAAUAUUUAUGAUUUACCAAGAAGAAGACCAUAUAAGGUUGCUGAUUUAAAAUUCGCUGGUUGUUAUUUAGAAAGAACAUCGAAGGACGAAAGGUUUCCAAGAAGCAUUAAAUAUGCAAAGACUAUCGUAGAAAAAUACAGAUGUCAACAAAGGAUUUUUAAAACUGGUUAUCUUUUACAGGAAGGUGGAGAUGUUACUGCUAACAUUCAAAGAAAGUACUUCAAAUUGCAAGGGACAAGUCUUGUUGGGUACCACGAAGUAACUAGGACUGCAAAUAUUAUCAUUAAUUUGUUAAAAGUUUCCAAAGUCUUGAACAGUGACGACGUUGCACAGGAGGAAGGUAGAAAUUUCACCAAUACUGUUUUAUUUGGGGACUGUGUACAAUUAGUCUUUGAAGAUGGUGAGGCAAUCACUUUAAAUACUGAAGGUCGUCAAGCUAAUGGUAAGAAUGAUUGGUAUGAUAAAUUGAAAGAAAUAGUAAGCUUAAAUAUUUGUCAUCAACCAUGGGUUAAACAGUUCUCUGAAUUUUCAAGAAUGACUGAUAUUUAA